AUGUCGACAAAACAAGAAUCCAAUGAGCUAGACAAACAAUUAAUAUACGCGAUAAAGAGCGAUAACGUAACUCUUGUUGAACAACUCUUGAAGGAGGGCGCGGAUGUGUGGUUCAGAGACGAGAAUGGAGUAAGUCCCUUGCAUUUUGCUUGUGAAAGUGGAAAUUUAGAUAUUGUAAAAUUAUUACUUCUUAAUGGCCACGCUUGGAAUGCCAUUGAUAUUAAUGGAGUUACAGCUGGGGAGUAUGCUAAACGCAACGGCCAUGAUACCGUUUAUGAGCAGCUUCUUGAAGAAGGAUGUAGAACUGAAUUAAUACUUGGACUACUUGAUACAAAAGAAAGUAAAAAUGGUCAAUAUUCAAAUUUUGAUUACUUGUCUCAACCACUUAAGUACUCGGAAGACGGCACAAAAUUAUUAGAUUACGAAAAUAAUGGCGUUAUGAUGGGAUGGGAAAUGCCUUUAAUGGAAAAACACGCUGAAAUCAUAUGCACUCGAGAGCAUCUCGACAUUCUAAAUGUUGGAUUUGGCCUUGGACUUAUCGAUACUGCUAUUCAAAAAUAUAAACCACGUACACAUACAAUUAUUGAAGCACACCCAGAUGUUUAUAAGUAUAUGCUAGAUAAAGGUUGGGAUAAAAAACCUGGUGUAAAGAUCAUAUUUGGACGAUGGCAAGACUCAUUAGAUCAACUUGAAGUCUAUGAUGGUAUAUUCUUUGAUACUUUUGGUGAAUUUUAUGAAGAUCUUCAUGAGUUCAAUGAUGAACUUCUCAAUUUUCUUAAGCCAGAAGGAAUAUAUUCAUUUUUCAAUGGUUUAGGAGCAACUAAUCCCUUUUUUCAUGAUGUUUACUGUCGAAUAGCAGAAAUGCACCUAGCCAGCGUGGGAUUUCAAACGGAAUUUAUAGAAAUUCCUAUCGAUCCAUCCAAUGAAAAAAUUUGGGAAGGUGUUAAAGGACGAUAUUGGACAUUAAAUACUUAUAGAUUGCCCAUAUGUCGAUUUUUAACAGAAUAA